AUGGUAACUUACCAAAGAAAAGCGAAAAACUACAUUUUGGAUGUAGUAGAAAGGGGGAGAGAGGCAAGAGAUCUCUUGUGUUCUCUCGUAGAUAAUAUAACGCUCCAGUUGCAAGCACUGGAAGCGUCCCCCAACAAAGAAGAAAAAAGGGAAGAAAAGGCAGAUACUGCCACUAUUCAAGCGAAUAUCCGUCUUCCCACAUUAGAACUGCCACAGUUUAAUGGCAACCCAUUAAAAUGGCCCGAAUUUUGGGCAAGAUUCUAUGCCGAAGUGGGAGGUCAGCCCAUCCCAGAAGUAACUAAGUUAAAUUACUUACUUAAUUGCCUCGUAGGGCCAGCGAAGACUGCGGCAUCGGGCUAUUCAAUAGUCCCCAUGAACUAUGCUGUUGUAUCAGAGAUGCUAAAACAACGAUAUGGGGACGAAAAUUUAAUUAAAAAGCACCUUCAAAGUGAACUCAAACACUUAUCGAUGACUCACUCGAAGAACCUUCGCCCUAUGGUCGAAAAAUUGGAAGUCAUCUUAAGGCAACUGGAAACUUUCGGUGACAAUAUUAAUCACCCACAGAUCGAGCUUGCCAUAGAAGAGAAGUUACCAAAAUGGCUACUUCUCGAUGUCUACUCGAAGAAGGUCAACGAUCCAAACUGGAACGUACAAAAGCUCCGAGAUUACAUCGAGGAAGCGGUAACGUUGAGAGAAAUGGUUGACCGAUACCACGGCUAUAACGAAGCCACCAACACAAAUCGGACCAACCCAAGAGAAGCGAUUCAACACGAAAAAGGCAACUCUGCAUUAACGACAUUUGCCAAUGAGAAGAAAUCAAUGAUAAGAAAAAAUCCUUGCGUGUUUUGCAAUGGCGAUCAUUGGAACGAUGAAUGCAAGAGAUAUCAAACGUAUAACGAGAGAUGGGAGAAAGUCAAGCAACUUGACCUAUGUUACAACUGCUUGGUCAGCGGUCAUCUAACAAAAGAGUGUCGACGAAGAGUGCAAUGUUUCCAUUGCAAGAGACAGCAUAAUUCUGCGUUGUGCAAACAAACGUUCUCUGAUGAGAGAGAAAGAAACAACAGACCAAUGCAGAUCGAGAAGAAUCGAAGAAUAAACGCUGCUUCCAGUCAAAAGACGUCAGCAUCCGAGAAUGUAACCUCGGUAACAGCUGUGUCAAGUACGAAGAAGGAAGCUACUACAGUGCUUCUUUUAUGUCGAGAGAUUAUGGUAAAAAAAGGGCCAUACUCAAACAAAACUGUUAGCGCUACGGUACUAUUCGAUACGGGCAGUCAAAAAUCCUUCAUCACAAAUGAACUCGCUCAAAGAAUUGGACUGAAGUGCUCAGAGAAAAAGGAAGACAUAGAAAUCAUGGGUUUUGGUGAAGGAAACCCCAAGAGAUACAAAUCCAAAACCAGUCAAUUGGAGGUAGUACUACAAGAUGGUAACUCCACAACAAUAGAAGUCAAUUCUGUUCCUUUCCUCACUCAAAAGCUCCGAACGACGGAGAUAACAGAAGAAGAUGCGAGAAGAUGGAGGGCUCAUUACCAAACCAUCAUCUCACCUAAAGGAACAUGGCAGCAUCCGCAAAUUCUAAUCGGAGCUGACCAUUUCUAUGAUUUCAUACUCCCAGUCAAUACGAGAAGACUAUCAUCCGGAUUUCAAAUGGUGAAUUCAACCGUUGGAUGGAUGCUAACUGGCAAAGGGAUAAUGAAAGAAAAACACCGCAAUAAACAAUUCUUGGUUCAACCAUUAAUUGUAAAUACAGUUGGCAUGAAGAAAAUUGAUGAUGAUAUCGAUAACUAUUGGAGAUUAGAACUUAUUGGCAUCAAAGAAGAGGAGACAGAGGAAACUUCUGAUGACAUUUUGAUACAACAGGAACAACCCAAUGGUCCUAGUCAACUACUAGACCCAAAACGAUUCAGUAAAUGGUCAAAAUUAAUUCGAGUUGCUGCAUAUGUGCGAAGAAUAGCCGAUAAGAUGAAAAGUAAACGUGAUUUUCCCGAAAACCUCUCACCAGAAGAAAUAGAAGAAGCGGAAAAGAUGGUUAUUCGUCAAGCACAAGAAGAAAAAAUCGAUGAUUCCGAAAAGAAAAAAUGGUCCUUAAUACUUGAAGAAGAUAUAUGGAAAUGUCAGGGAAGAAUGCAAAAUAUUGAAGGUCCAUUGCCAAUUUAUCUCCCAAAAGAUAGUCGAUUCACUCACCUUUAUAUUAAACAUAUCCAUGAAAACAAUGGUCACAGUGGAGUCAGUCACACUCUGUCUCAACUUUGGAAAACAACAUGGGUACCAAAAGGUAGACGAACGGUCGCUAAAAUUAUAAAGGAUUGUUAUGGAUGUAAAAGAUGGCAGGCUAAACCUUUCAAACUACCAGAAAUGCCAUCCCAUCCAGGAAUUCGAGUGCGUCAAAGUCAACCUUUUCAAAGUAUAGGACUUGAUUAUCUCGGACCAAUCACCAUUAAAAAAGGUGUGGAGCCAAUAAAGCGAUGGAUUGCCUUGUUCACUUGUCUAACCACAAGAGCAGUACAUUUGGAAGUAGUCCAUGAUCUAUCCGCGGAAUCAUUCAUGCAAACAUUCCGUCGAUAUAUUGCGAGAAGAGGGAAACCAGAAACUAUACUGAGUGACAAUGCCGCUCAAUUCAAAUUGGCGUCGAAACUAUUUAACGAGCUCAAUAAUCUGCAGACGAUUCGAUGGAAGUUCAUAACCGAACGAGCACCUUGGCAAGGAGGCUUAUAUGAACGACUAAUCGGUUUGACAAAACAAACAAUGAAGAAGGCCAUUGGCCGUAGACUGUUGGAUGAAGAAGAGUUGAGGACAUUGGUAACAGAUGCAGAAGGAAUCAUCAACUCUAGACCAAUCACUCAAGUAGCUGAUGAUAGUAACGAAGUACUCAGACCUAUAGACUUCUUGAUACCACAAAUACAAAUAAACGUCCUUAGUGACGAAGAAGACACUGAAGAAGAGUAUUUGGUAUCCCAGUCAUCGACAAAAGAUAAAUUAAAGAAACGCUGGCAACAGACGAAGGUGGUAAUCAACAAAUUUUGGGAAAUAUGGAGAAUAAAUUACCUCGCCAUACUUCGAAGUCGGACAAGAAAAGAACAUAAAGGUCCCAGAAGCACUACAAGUAGACCUCCUCGACUAAACGAAAUAGUCUUGGUGGCAGAAGAAAAUGUUCCCAGAGGGAACUGGCUUUUAGGACGAAUAAAAGAAAUUCGUAGUGGAGCAGGAGACGUUAUCAGAACAGCACUAGUCCAAAUGCCAAACGGUAAUAUUUGGACAAGACCUAUAAAUCACUUAUGUCCCUUGGAAACGGAUAUUGAGUCUCCGGAAGAUAAUCCAAAUCCUCCUCCAAACACUGAUAAUGAUGAUCCAAUCACGCAUCCUCAAAAUGACCCUAACCUCGACGAAGAAGAGGACGAGAUACAAGAAAAUUCGUCACAAAUAAAACAUGACUCCCAUAACCGCAAUACCAAAGAUAACCCUAAAGCUGCUAAAACGGUAAAUAUGGCAAUAAUGAAAUCACCCGUUGGAAAGUUUUGGCCAAUUUUCCUUUUGCUCACAGCAAUGAGUCAAAUGACAAUCGCUAGCAUGAAGGCCGGACACGAUUGCGACUCAUCCGAGCAUGGUGUAUUCAUGCGUUUACCCGAGAUAAGAAACUGCAGUGCAAUCGGAAGAGAGCACAAUUUCGUUGAAAAAUUAGUUGUAUCAGUUUACUCACGAGUGCCAAUUAAAAUUCCAGCUGGAGCAUGUUCUAAGAUAACAAGAACGGUUUGCACGAAGACCCUUCUACGAUGGUGGUUAGAAGUCACGAAGGACGAAACGAUAAUGGAACCGAUGAAAUUAAACGACUGUCUGGAAAUGGAACAAAACAAACGUUUCAAUGGUGUGAUAUUGGAAGCCAUUGGAAAGAGCAAGUGGGAAUCGCAGAACCCAACAGAUUAUAAUUAUGGAUGGUUUGGCACAACAUGUUACCCAACUGUCAACUAUCAAAUCGAGAAAGGAUUCAUUGUCGGUGGAGAAGAUUCUCAUCUAUACAGCGACUUUGGAGAAAUGACCGGAUGUAUCAUCCGUUCGAACAAUUGCACGACAGAAAGAAGAACAAUAUGGUGGAAUGUAAGUUCAAUUCAAGAACAAUGUCCAUAUGAGAAAAUUGGAACUUACAAUGCCUUAAAGAAAGGUUCUCAUAUUCUGAUAAAAGAAAUACAAGCGUCACUGGUAAUGACACUUUCCGAGAAAAAUGACACGAAAGCUUGUAAAUUCGAUGAACCGAAAUUCAUGGAAAAUGACAUUGUGCUAACAUUAAUGCCAACAAAUUUAUCUCUAAAAUCGAAGAGGAGCAUAUAUGAAAACUUCACUGAGGAAGCAGUUCCCCUAACAACAGUAGUGGAAGAAACAGAGCUUCUAAGCGAGGAUGUAGAUCCCGAAAAUGUGAAAUUUCAAUUCGUGGUGGACGAAUUACAAGAUGAAAUCAAGUCACAAGUUAACGCAGCCCUGAAGGAAAACUGCGCAACGAGAAACAUGGUGAUCGAAAUCGUGAAGUUCAUAUCUCAUAACAACGCCACAACGGCAGCAAAAAUCUUGCUACAAAGAAAUGAUGUUCGAGCGAGAGUAGCCCAUCAAGGACUGUGGAUAUCUCCAUGUAAAAGAAACGAGACAGAUAUCGACGAGAAUGCAAUUGUAUUUAAAGCAGGCGUCAUAUCUCACUACAAUCAGAAGAAGGUCGAUAUGGCGUUGAAGAUGAUUUCGGAAGAAAAUUGGAUAGCUAUAAGAACGAAGAUGAAGAAAGAAGAUCCCGAUCAAGUAAAUAUAGAAGGAGUCAUUGAAAAAGAAACCGAGCAAUUAAUCGAUAGAAUAACAGAAGAUUUCAACAUCGCUUCACGUGGGAUUCAAAAAAUAGUGGAAGAAAUAUCCGAACCAUGGGUAUUAAUUUCGAUAUGUAUUGUCGUAAUUAUCGCUCUUAUCUUAUCACCAAUGAUUUGCUUCCAGUGCAAUAUUUGCCGAAUCUUAUGCAAAUUAUGCUUAGCAAGGAAAGCAAAGAAGAAGAGAAUCACCAAGAGAAGACACAAUCGAUCCGAUUUGGAAGAAUUAAGCCAAAUCGAUGAAGAAGCAAUAGAACUACAAGAAAUCUCAAAACAACCAACAUCAAUAAACUCAUAUAAAAAAUUGGAAUUCAAACCAAUGGAUUUAAUGUUAUAA